AUGGCUGUGUGGUGCGUGUAUGACAUUGGGGUACGGAAAAACACGUGUAAAGUUUCGAAAAUGAUCAAGUUCGUGUUUCUUCUGGCGGUCUUUCUGUUCUUAGCGAAGGCAGCAGUCAGCGAUGAAGAUUACGACGACCACGAUGAUGAUUUGCUUGAGGAAUACCUGUCGAAGAGUCGGAUGAGGGUGGUGCAAAUCGUCAUGAAGUUCCUGGACAGAAACCCGUUGUACAAGGAGUUCGUCGAUCGACAUCCCGAAGUGAUGACUUUCUUGGCGCGUCAUCCGGAUAUCAUCGUUUUCCUGAUCAAACACAAAGACGUUGUUCGAUGGCUAGUCGAAAAUGCGGAUCGGUUCAUCGUGUGGUUGGAAAACCACAUGAAUUUCUUGCCGUGGUUUGAAGAAGCGCUGGAUGAUGCGGUCGAGAGAGGGAUGGGCGAAGACUUCGUAUGGAUGCUGAUCAGUAACCCAGAGGAAAUUGAGAAUAUCCUCCAAACGUAUCGAUCUGGGCGAUGGUGA